AUACAACAGAAAUGUAGAGACAGUUAAUAAUUGGUAAUCAAAACUAUUCGACGACUCAAGGACGGAUUAUUAUAUGUGUUCAUCUCUUUGAGCCCUAAGUAUGUGACCUAGAUGUGAACUCAAACUGGCGAUGUACGCAGCCAUUUUUGACAAGCCGGAGGGACAGAAUUGGUUGAAACAAUGGAGGGCAGUGUAUAUAACAAGAACGGCCCUUUUGCCAACUGUCUCAACCGUGGCCAGCAAAUUCCAUGGAGACCUUUUGCAAAGAGCGAAGAAUCAAUCUAUAGUUGCAUGCGAAAAUUGCACUACCAAAGACGUACUCACCAAAAAUGCAAGCUGCAAAUUCCAUAAGUGUAUUCGUGAUGAGUUAGUUAAUGAGCAUGUCUACGGAUUCCGGAAUUAUCCACGAGCAUUGACAUUGGAAAACACAAACGCAAUACACUGGGCUAACUCACCAUGGGAGAUCGCCAAGGUGUUCAUGCCGCCUUCUGGUUACCAAAACAAAACCACAAUUGAAGAGACCGAUUUCAACGGCAUUGCUGGCUUCAUCAUCAACUGCAAGCGUUUCCAUGUCAAUAUCACAGAUAGUAUUUGUAAAAAGGCUCGGGAAGCAGUCAACAAUAUUCGGCACAUGCCGGACAUGUGUGCCAGCGUCCUCACUGACCAGGCCACAACCGAAUGUAUAGACAACCUGUACGCUCUACUUAAUGAGCCGGGACUACAGAAUCUGCCAGAGGUGGUACUGGCUAGAAAUGACUUGGACAAGUUGAAAACCGCAGACCUUUCCAAAGAUGAAAACGCAUACAAGUAUAUUUACCACGAGUUACAUGAUCAAUUUCAACAGAGACUUGACGAUAUUGAAAUGAAACUCAAAUCAAAUGAAAUUGGUACCCAAACCGCUAAAGCUUGUUUACGCACAGAAGGCGACAAAAUCCAGAAAAAUUUAGAGCUUCUUUGGGAGGCACUUAAAUUAUUUUCUUUUGAUUUAUCGCAACUCAAAAAUGACAUUCUCCUGUCGAUUUAUGAAGGAAGAAAAAGUGCCAUGGCGCGUAUAGCUUUUCUAGAAAGCAGGGCCAAAGAACAAAUUAAACAAUCCGUAACAGAUGGUAAAACAGAAUUUGAGACACAUGCUAAAGAGAAGACAAAAAAGGCAACAGAGCACAUUAAACAAUAUGUAACAGAUGCUAAAAAAACAAUUGAGAUUUAUGUUAGAGAAGGGGGAAUAAAGGCCACAGAACACAUUGGACAAUCCGUAGAAAAAUGGCAAAGAGCGCUCAAAGAUCAGAAAGACGAAAAUCUACAACAAAAGAAACUCGAUUUACAGAAACAGUUGCUAAACCAUUACCAAGCAACCGCUGCUGUCAGAAUUAACGUCCGAUUAGACAUUGAUGCAGCUGUGGAAGACAUUUAUGAAAAGCCCAAACUUGAAUGGAAGACCAAGAAAGACAAAGAUAUAUUAAAAAUAUAUCAGAUAUUUUUAAGCGACAAUAACAUGUUAGCUAAAACAAUAUUUGUGGAGGGAGAACCGGGCACAGGCAAGUCCUCGCUGUGUAAAAAGAUUGUCGAUGACUGGUGCAAACUGAAGAAGGACGGAAAUGGGGACACAAAAGAAGACAGCCUGUUAAGCCAGUUCACGUUCUUAUUCUACAUUAGGCUGCGAGAAAUUGAAGAUCGAUGCAACAUCAAGGAUAUGAUAUUGCAGUGUUUGAUUGAACAGAUAAAUUCAGAUUAUAAAGAGUCAAAAGAACUGUUAGCCGAGAUUUUGAAAUUAGAUUAUUGUCUUCUUCUGCUUGAUGGUUUAGACGAGUGGAAACAUGGUAGCUGUAAGCGUGAUGAACGAAUUCCUCAUGCUGAAACAGGUUGGAUGAAUUGCACAACACUGAUUACAACACGACCAUACAAACUAGCGGAGAUAAAGUUAACCCGCUUAAAGCUUGGCAACCAUGUGAAGAUGCAGGGCGUUCAGUCACCUCGAAAACUUGUUUGGAGAGUAAUUCAGGAACUUCAGAAAGACGAAGUAAACAAACGUCCAAAUACCUGCGUUAAAAACCUGAAAGAGAAAGGUCUGUGGCAUUUCAGGGGUAUUCCAAUCGUGCUUGUUCACGUUGUUUGGCUCUGGUUCAGAAACAAAUUAAAGGCAAACAUGUCUCUAUCUGAAGUUUACAGGGAAAUAAUAGAAGAACGGUGGUGUGAAAUGACAGAGAAGACGAAAAUAGAGGACAGCGACAUUCCGAAGGAAUUUCUUGAUUCUUUGAGUGAAUUAGCUUUCAAUAAACUGUUUUCAGCAAAUAAGGAUGAUUCCAUUGUUUUUGGCAUUAAAGAAGAUCAGUUAAAGAAGGAGUACCAACGGAUGUCUCUUGAAUCUGGCAUCAUGUCUUGCAGUAAUAAAAUAGGUGAAAGAUCAGCGUCUUAUCAGUUUUUACAUAAAACGCUUCAGGAAUACUUGGCAGCAUUGUUUUUAGCGAAUUGCGGAUCCGAUUUGUUGAAACAUUGUCAACACGUUCAGGAAUUAUAUAAAAAUGACAUGGAAGAAGGGGUGCUUAACUUGACUCAGAUGUUUUUGUUUCUUUGUGGCCUGAAUUUAACUGCUGCUGAAGAUUUUUCGAAGAUAUUAAAUGGCCUCUUUCCUAAAGACUUUGAACGAGACGGUUAUUCAGUUGAACAUGCAUUUUUAUUCCAGUCCAAACAUAUAAUGAAAGGAUAUAAUGAGGCGGAGAAAAACGGACACACCGGGAUGGAGCUUAUGCAGCAGCAUAUUGUCAUCCGUAAUCGUCGUGAUCUUGUUUACCGGGAUAAUGAUAAUAAUGAUGAUAGGAAUUAUGAUUAUUUUCAUGAUGAUGAUGAUGAUGAUGAUUAUCGUCAUAGAAUUGUUUUUGAUAAUGAAGAUGAUGAUGAUGAUGAUGAGUAUAAGGCACAUUUUAAAAAGCGCAUGACAGACUGCUGCGGUAAAAACAAAUUGAAUAUUGUGUCAUUAAACAUUUCAGUACCUGACCUACCUUCUGUGUUGAUGUACAAGAAAGAUCCAAGUAUUUUGGAUUUAGAGACAUUCAUUAAUCUAAAAUUUCUGCAUUUGAAAAAUGUUACCUGUGAGGACAUAAACCUAUUGAAUUUGAAUGGAUUAUUAGAAUGCGAAAUAAAAUUCAGUCGUAAUGUAAGUGCAGUCAAACUGGUAACUUCAAUUUUGUCCUCCAAUAUAACAUGUUUGAAAAAACUCACAUUGGAACAUGUUGAUUUGCCAUGUAAAGCUGAGGACAUCUUCUGCAAACUUCAACGUGUUGAACACCUAAGCGUCCAUGGUUCCAGUCUAUCAAAUAAUUCACAACUCGACCUUGGACAUCUCAAACAUCUAAAAAAUCUCUCCUUUAUUGGACUUGCUUUCUCUGACGUUGUGAUUCCACAUUUGCUCAAUCUCCACAAGUUAGAAGUUAUGUUUAGAACACCUCAAAGGGCACCACAGUUGAUGACGGCGUUACUAGCACAAAGCGACGAUUCUCUCGGUUACAAUAUGGAUGGGCCACUAUUUAACCGAACGUGUGUUACCUUGGCAAACAUUGUCAUGUCAGCAGGAAUGUUUACACGUCUCGUUAGUAUUAGGGUGAUGCAAGCGCGACACUCUGUGGACUAUACGUUAUAUAAGUGUAAAAUAGAGUCAGAAGAGGACAUGAGGCAGAUGGAGGUGGAGAUGGAGAACCAGCCCGGCCUACAGAUGGUGGCUCCACUGCCCGCAUCACCUGACUAUAGAGCAUUCAUUUCAUUAUCCUGCACGCCAAUAUCAGCAGGAAUAUUUAAACGCCUAGUUAGUAUGGUGAUACAAGCGCGACAUGAUGUGUUCUUUCAUUUAGAUAAAUGUACAAUAGAGUCAGAGGAUGACGUGAUGCAGAUGAAAGUGGAGAAGGAGAACCAACCUACCCUACAGAUGGUGGAUCCACUGCCCACAUCACCUGACUAUACAUCACACAUUACAUUAGGAAAGAUGACCUUGUCAGCAGGAAUGUUUAAACGUCUCGUUAGUAUGUUGAUACAAGCGCGACAUUCUGUGGACUGUACGUUAACAGACUGUACAAUAGAAUCAGAGGAGGGCGUGAGGCAGAUGAUGGUGGAGAUGGAGAACCAGCCCGGCCUACAAAUGGUGGCUCUAUUGCCCGCAUCACCUGGCUAUACAAUAAAGAUUAAAUUAGCCUGGAUGAAAGUGCCAGCAGGAAUGUUUAAACGUCUCGUUAGUAUGAUGAUACAAGCGCGACAUUCUGUGAACUGUGAGUUAGGAAAAUGUACAAUAGAGUCAGAUGAGGACGUGAGGCAGAUGGCGGUGGAGAUGGAUAACCAGCCCGGCCUACAGAAGGUAGCUCCAUUGCCCGCAUCACUUGACUAUACAACACACAUUACAUUAACCACGACGACAAUGGCAGCAGGAAUGUUAAAACGUCUCGUUAGUAUGGUGAUACAAGCGCGACAUUCUGUGAAGUGUAUGGUAUCUAACUGCACAAUAGAGUCAGAGGAGGACGUGAGGCAGAUGGCGGUGGAGAUGGAGAACCAGCCCGGCCUACAGAAGGUGGCUCCACUGCCUGAAUCACCUGGCUAUACAAAAGACAUUACAUUACAAUAUACGCCAAUGUCGGCAGGAAUGUUUAAACGUCUCGUUAGUAUGGUAAUUCAAGUGCGACAUUCUGUGAACUGUACUUUUGAUGGUUGUAGAAUACAGUCAGAGGAGGACGUGAGGCAGAUGAAGGUCAGGACGGAGAACCAACCUACUCUACAGAUGGUGGAUCCACUGUCCACAUCACCUGACUAUACAGCAGCCAUUAGAUUAUUGCGUUUGACCGUGUCAGCAGGAAUGUUUAAACAUCUAGUUAGUAUGGUGAUACAAGCGCGACAUUCUGUGAACUGUACGUUAGAACACUGUACAAUACAGUCAGAGGAGGACGUGAGGCAGAUGACAGCCGAAACGGAGAACCAGCCUGCCCUACAGAUGGUGGAUCCACUGAGCGCAACAUCUGACUAUACAACGAACAUUACAUUAACGCGGGUGAAAGUGUCUGCAGGAAUAUUGAGACGCCUCGUUAGUAUGGUGAUACAAGCGCGACAUUCUGUGAACUGUACGUUAUCUGAAAGUACGAUAGAGGAGGACAUAAGGCAGAUAAAGGAGGAGAUAGAGAAUCAGCCCCUACUCAAAGUUAGAGAGUUCAGUGAGAGGUACUCCCAGUUGUGGCAUAAACUAGAAUGGUUCAUUCGUUUCACCGUAAACAUGUAAAGGUUCCGACACUGCGAGGAAAGGCAAGGUGACACCUUUUCAAUGAACAGGAACUACUUCAGCGCAUGCUAUGAGUGAAAUGAAUUUUGAACGAUGGUACUUUUUCACAAAUGAUAAUUUACGGCAACAAGUAUUACAACUAGUGUAAUAAGUUCAUCGUUGAAGGCUUUGCCUUAUGGUCAGAGAUAAUGACUAAUUGGUGUAUUUCUUAUAGUUAUAUACAAGUUAUUGUCCAAGCAAGAAAUCUGCUAUCGAAAAGACGACUUUAAGUUGGAUAUGUUUACAUUUAUUGUUUAUUCUUGACGGUGGCGGAUUAAAAAAAAAUGGUGAAUUACAUCCUUAUCAGUGAAUUUAUCAAAAUUGUCCAGUGGCAAUGCUGCUUGUGAAAUAAAACUGUUGGUGUCCAUUUGGGAAAAUAUGUAUUGUUAUCCUGCACUGGAACAAAUCAGCAGGUUACUACAUUGACCAAAUAGUUACCCUCUUAAAGUCAUAUUGAUUAUUAAGUUUA